AUGUCUGCCACAACCGUGGACAACCCCAUCACCACGGCCGUGUCGCGCCAGGUCCUACAGGACUACGAUAUCCACCUCACCGGCGACGAGACGGUGGCACCGCCAAACACAGACAACCAGCCACCGCAGCGUACAUCCACGGCGUCAAACCCUCCCGGCUGGGACACACAGCAUCGCGGCGUGCCUCCCUACAGGCCUAUCAACAGAGAAAUGGACCUGACCCAGCGACCAUUGGGAGGAAAUCCAGUGGGCGAUGUCUUUGUGACCACCAUGUUCACCGGCGUCUUCAUCAAUGCUAAUGUCAGGUGGCUCUGGACUCAGACUGGUGGUAGGAUAAAUGACAAGAUCUUUCACUACAAAGUCGGGGGUGAGAUCUGA